AUGAUGCUGCCUGGUGAUUACACAUGGAUCUUUGCUGUAGGCAUGGUCGUUGCUUUUGCUGAUGCAUUUGGUAUCGGCGCUAAUGAUGUCGCCAAUUCUUUUGCUACUUCCGUUUCAUCCGGUUCAUUAACACUGAUACAAGCCUGUAUUGUUGCUUGCUUCACUGAAUUCGGUGGCGCUGUAUUGCUCGGUGCUGAAACUGCUGAAACAAUCAAAGGUGGUAUUUUAGCUGUAGAAAAUUAUGUUGAGCAGCCAGAAAUGCUCAUGCUGGCCAUGUUCUCUGCUCUUAUCGGCUCUGCUUUCUGGGUAUUGACUGCCUCCAAGUAUGGCUGGCCUGUCAGUACCACUCACUCCAUUGUAGGUGCUAUUAUUGGUACUGGUGUUGCUGCUUUUGGCGUUGACUCUAUCGAUUGGGGUUUCAGUGGUGGCUUUUCUGGUGUUGCUCAAAUCAUCACUUCCUGGUUUCUCUCACCUGUCUGUGCUGGUGUCGUUGCUGCCAUCAUUUAUAUGAUUACUAAAUACGCCAUCUUGCGUCAAACCGAGAGCUUUAAAUGGGGUGUUCGCUUAGUUCCCCUCUACUUUUUCUUCACUGCUGGUAUUGAAGCAUUCUACAUCAUCUACAAGGCUCCCGGUGGUGGAUCCAAAGACAUGAGCAUUGGUACUAUUGUCGGUAUUGCUAUUGGUGUUGCUACCUUCUGUGCUGCUUUUGGUCAAUUCUGCUUCUGUCCUUGGGUCGUUCGCAAGAUCAAGGGAAGAGAAAACCUCAAGCUGUACCACAUGUUCUAUAUUUUCCUUCUCAAGAAGCAGCCUACCAUUGAUGAGCUCAUCGCUGCUGAAGAACGUGUCAACUCUCGCCCUGCCUCUGUCCUUUCUACUACUGCUGCUACCAAUGACCAUGAAGCCACUGUUGGUAGCGAAGUUGUACCCUCUGGAGAAAUCAACGAAAAGUUAAACAAGUUGGAUACUGACAGCGAUGUUGUUCAAGACGAAAAUGUCGCUAAUGCUACCCCCACUGAAGCCAAGGGUGGUUCCUUUGCUCAGAAGCUCAAGUUUGCUAAAGACAAGUUUGUUGGUGUUGCUAUGAAUGGUCUUAAUCAAGAUGUGCGUAACUUGGAAAAUGAAAAGCUUGCUCACGUACACGCCCAUGCUGAAAUCUUUGAAGACGAUGCUGAAUACCUCUUUUCUUUCUUGCAAGUUAUCACUGCUUGUAUGGCUUCUUUUGCUCACGGCUCUAAUGAUGUGUCUAAUGCAGUUGGUCCCAUCUCAUCUAUCUAUGAUGUCUGGGUCAAUGCUCGUGUUGAUGUCGCUGGUAAAGUUGGUAUUCCUAUCUGGAUUCUUGUCUAUGGUGGUGUUGGUAUUGAUUUCGGUCUUGCUAUCCUGGGCUAUCGUGUCAUGCGCGCCAUGGGUAAUAACAUCACCUAUUUCACCCCUUCUCGUGGUUUCUGUGCUGAAUUAGCUGCUGCUCUUACUGUCCUUACCUGCUCUCAAAUUGGUUUACCAGUAUCUACCACUCACUGUAUUACUGGUGCAUCUGCAGCCAUUGGUUUUUGUAAUACGAACGGCUACAAAGCUGUCAACUGGAAAAUGCUUGCCUGGUGCUUCUUUUCUUGGUUCAUCACCUUGCCUGUUGCUGGCCUUGUUGCUGGCCUCAUGUUUGCUAUCAUGGCAAAUGCUCCUCACUUUAUUUAG